AUGGCGGCCGAGUCAACCCAAGGAGACUCUCACGACAAGGCGUGGGAGAAAGCGGAGAAGAAGUUCACACAUAAAAAUGCUAGCGAGUACUACGACCCAUGCCAGGACUUUGCGGAUCGGAGUCUCAAGUGUAUGAGACGGAAUGCCUCCGACCGCGAAAUGUGCCACGAUUAUUUUCAGUAUGUCAAAAUAUCUUAUGUGAUCUGA